GCGCGCAGCCGCCAUGGUGGCGGCGUGAGGGCGGCGGGCCGGCGGCAGGCACCGUCCCCGCGGGGCGCGGCGGGGCGGCCCGGGCCGGGCAUGGAAGUGGAGAAGAUGGACGAGAAUGAAUGGAAGUACCACGGGGAGGGCAACCAGAGCCUCGUCGUCUCGCACUGCCAGGUGCGGCCGUUGGUCGGCGGGCGCUGUGUGGUGCUGCGGUUUUUGAAGUCUCCCCCAAACCAGAAUAAGACUUCAGAGGAAAUACUACACCAUCUGCAAAACAUCGUAGACUUUGGAAAACAUGUCAUGAAGCAGUUCUUUGGGGAGAAUUAUGUUCACCAUGGGGAAAUUAUUCAACUGCCUUUAGACUUCGUAAGACAGCUCUGUUUAAAGAUUCAGCCAGAGAGGCCAGAGUCGCGCUGUGAUAAAGAUAUGGACACACUUAGUGGUUAUGCAAUGUGCCUUCCUAAUCUUACCAGGCUGCAGACCUAUCGCUUUGUGGAACAUCGGCCAAUCCUCUGCAUAGAGAUUAAGCCGAAGUGUGGCUUCAUUCCUUUUUCCAGCCAUGUUUCACAGGAGAUAAAGCACAAGGUGUGUCGUUACUGUAUGCAUCAGCAUCUAAAGGUAGCAAAUGGAAAAUGGAAGCGACCAAGUAAAUAUUGCCCAUUGGAUCUCUUCUCAGGAAAUAAACAAAGAAUGCACUUUGCUUUGAAGAGCUUAUUACAGGAGGCACAGAACAACUUGAAAAUAUUUAAGAACGGGGAACUAAUUUAUGGCUGUAAAGAUGAUCAGGAAUGUGUAUCUGACUGGAACGAACUUGCUCGUCACUUAAAACCUUUCUUUUUCCCUUCAAAUGGAUUGGUCAGUGGACCACACUGUACAAGGACAAUUGUUAAAGAACUAGUCCAUGUUAUAACUAUGACGCUACUAAGUAGUACUGAUGCCUGCAGGGCAGGUGAUAUGAAGACAGUUCCCGUUUCACAAGGAAGAAGCUACUGUGAAGCAAGUGCUUUUAAUAAGGAGCUAGUAAGAAAUGGUAAACAUAAAUUGGAAAGCUCUGGCUUACCAAAGGGUUGUCUCCUUUAUAAAACCCUUCAGGCUCAGAUGCUUGACAUGCUGGAUAUUGAAGGACUCUAUCCUUUGUACAAUAGAGUUGAACAGUACUUAGAGGAGUUUCCUGAAGAGAGAAGUACAUUACAGAUAGAUGGGCCUUACAAUGAAGCAUUUUAUGAGAAGCUGCUAGAUCUUUCAACUGAAGAUGAUGGGACAAUAGCAUUUGCAUUAACAAAGGUGCAACAGUACAGAAUAGCGAUGACUGCUAAAGACUGCUCCAUCAUGAUUUCCCUUUCACCUUGUCUACAAGACGAAUGCUCUGAGCAAAGACCUGUGGUACUAGCAUCCAAAUCAAGAUUCACUUUCUCUGUUUCUGUCCUGGACCUUGAUCUUAAACCGUAUGAAAGCAUUCCUCAUCAGUACAAACUCGAUGGCAAGAUAGUAAACUAUUAUUUGAAGAAUGUACAGGCCAAAGAUGACCCAGUUAUGUCCAGUCUCUUCAAGGAGAACGAAGACUGCACAUUGGUUCUCCACAAAGUGUAACUGUUUCCUUAAGGUUAUUUUCAUUUGAACACACUGCAAAGUGAGAGAGUAAUGGAAUACAAUUAUGGUGAUUUUUUUU